GCUUAAUUCCGAAUUAGUUCUACGUUAUUCUUUCUCCAGUCUUUUAUUUUCCCAUUGUAAAUCAUAAGGCGUAAUUCAAACUUAGAGCGAUCGAUAGGCAUAAAGGAAUUGGCAUAAAGCAGGAAUAAAGAAGGGUUACUAUUGAAUUGUAUUUGGGAAGAUGUUUAGGUUACUUGGGAAACCCAAGGAGGAACCAAAUAUUCUUGCAACUCUUGAAAAGUUAAAUGAGCAUUUAGAGAAUCUCGAGAAGAAGGAGAAAGUAUUUCUGAAGAAGGUUUCUGUGGAGGUUGAAAAGGCCAAAGAGUUUACAAAAGCUAAGAAUAAAAGAGCGGCUAUUCAAUGUUUGAAAAGGAAGAAGCUUUAUGAACAUGAAAUUGAAAGGCUUGGCAGUUCCCAACUUCGCAUUCAUGAUCAGAUGAUAAUAUUAGAAAGUGCUAAAGCUACAACUGAAACUCUUGAUGCUUUGAGAAUCUCAGCAGCUACAGUGAAAGCAAUGCAAAAAGUAAUGAAAAUUGAUGAUGUGGACAAGACAAUGAACGAAAUAAAUGAACAAACUGAGAACAUAAAGCAAAUACAGGAGGCUUUGACCACUCCUAUUGGUUCAGCAGCUGACUUUGAUGAGGAUGAAUUGGAAGCAGAACUUGAAGAAUUGGAAAGUGCUGAAUUGGAAGAGCAGUUGCUUCAACCAGCAACUGCAACCCCUGCUGCGACAGUGGAUGUCGCAGCAAGGAAGCAACCUGCUCGCGCGAUCCCUCAAAAUCGCGCUGCUGAAGACAAUGAACUUGCUGCUUUACAAGCAGAGAUGGCUCUUUAAGAUUAGACCAUCUUCUAUUGUUUUAGCUGUGGUAAACUAUAGCUUAUCAGUUGGUGAGAAUUUGGAGUUACUUUCUAUGGUUAGUUACUGAUUGGUGAAAAGUAAGCAACACUGUUUCAAAGAUUAAGAGACUACUGCUGUUGCUUUCACAUAUAUAUAUUUGAUAUCUGCUUUGGACCAUAUUGUACAUAGAGGUGUUGCAGAAAAUAGAUAUUUGCAAUUGCAGUUUGUGGUCCAUGCUAAUAAAAAUAUUUAUGCUUA